GUCAGAAGCAGAAAUGACUGGCCCUCUACCUGGACAAAAGACCGUCUUGAUCACUGGCUGCACGCCAGGCGGCAUCGGUCAUGCCCUCUGCCUCGAGUUUCACAAGCAAGGCGUCCAUGUCAUCGCAACGGCCCGCAACCCAGCCGUCUUGGCCGAGAUGGCCGACAUGGGCAUGAGCACCCUCGCCCUCGACGUCACCAAUGCCGAGAGCAUCAAGACCUGCCACGAGGAAGUUGCCCAGAUCACCGGCGGCAAGCUUGACAUUCUCGUCAACAACGCCGGCCGCACUCACACCCACCCCGCCACCGACAUCGACCUCGACGACGUCCGCGAGACCUUCGAGACCAACGUCUUUGGCGUAAUGGCCAUGUGCAAAGCCUUUGCCGACCAACUCAUCGCCGCCCGCGGGUUAAUCAUCAACAUUGCCUCUCUCGCCGCCAUCACCCCUUAUGUCUUUGGGAGCGUCUACUGCGCCACCAAGGGCGCCGUGGUCUCGUACUCGCGCACGCUUCGCUUGGAACUCAAGCCCUUUGGCGUGCGCGUCAUGACCACCAUGACAGGCACCGUCCGGUCCCAAAUUGCCUCCAAGACGCACCGCACUCUGCCCGAGAACAGCCUCUACAUGCGCGUCAAGGAGUUCUUUGAGCGCCGCUUGACGUUUUCGCAGAACAACGCGACGGUGGGCACGGAGGAGUAUGCGAGAAAGCUGGUGAGGAAUGCGCUGAAGGGUGAAGCCCCGCUGAUUUUGAGGAGCUGGUUUGGCAGGGCGGAUUACUUCUGGGCUGGUGGAUGGGCGAGACUCGUUUGGGCUGGUACCUUCUUUGGAGACUGGUUGUUGGAUUUGGUCAUGUAUCGCAUGUUCAAGAUGAACGUGUUGGAGAGGGUGUUGGCGCAGGAGGAGGCGCAGAAGAAGUUGAACUGAGCGAAGUGGGGAAGAGGAAGUGGCGGCACCACUUUGGUUGUUUGUGGUCGGUGGCUUGAUAUCUGCACAAAGCCUGUUGGGCACCAAUGGGUGAGUACUCUGGCUGACCGGUGACGGGCUGAUUCAGCCUUACAGCGAGCGUUUCUUGUGUCAAAUGUGUAUUCGUACACGCCAGUCUGUCGGAGCCUUUACUCUAUUAUCUAUUCCAUGACCUCGAACCAAGGUAUAUCGUUGAG